AUCUUCCUCCCUCUCCUCCAUCACUCACGGAAUAGUUGUGUGCUCUGGGGUUACGGCCAAGCCCGAUCUUCUACAUUAAAAAGUUUCCUUGAGUUCCGAUAUAGCCUUGUCCCAGUAAAAAUCUGAUCGAAGUUGUGUUUGGGUUCUGCCAAAAUGAUGGAAGAGGCUCUUAGGAUGGCGGCGGAUGUUUAUGUUAGAAGUUAAAGGUUUAGGUACCUGUAUGUAAUUUGCCAUGUACAUAUUUUUCUAUCCUGUUCUGACGUG